CUGUGUAACCAUGGAAGAACGCUAUGAGGCAGUGAAAGAACUUGGGUCAGGGAAUUUUGGAGUAGCAAGGUUGGUGAGAGAUAAGAAAACUAAAGAACUUGUUGCUGUCAAAUACAUCCCCAGAGGAAAAAAGCAAAUUCAUGGGGUUGACAUUGCAGAAAUGAAACUAGAAAAUACACUCCUUGAUGGAAAUCCCACACCACGGCUUAAAAUUUGUGAUUUCGGUUAUUCAAAGUCGGCUAUAUUGCAUUCACAACCAAAAUCAACAGUGGGAACACCAGCUUAUAUUGCACCAGAGGUAUUGUCACGGAAGGAAUAUGAUGGCAAGAUAGCAGAUGUCUGGUCAGCUGGUGUCACACUUUAUGUUAUGUUAGUAGGAGCAUAUCCGUUUGAGGAUCCUGAAGAUCCCAGAAAUUUCAAGAAGACAAUCGGGAGAAUCAUGAGUGUUACCUACACCAUACCAGACUAUGUCCGUGUAUCCGCAGAAUGCAGGCAUUUACUCUCACAAAUUUUCUAUGCCAACCCAUCAAAGAGGAUCACCAUUCCAGAGAUAAAAAGCCAUCCCUGGUUCCUUAAAAACUUACCAAGAGAGCUGGUUGAAGCUGAGAAAUCAAAUUACCAUUACCAGCCAGUUGAAAAUCACCAACCCACCCAAUGCGUGGAAGAAAUAAUGCAGAUUAUCCAAGAAGCACGCACACCUGGAGAAGAAUUAAACACACAAAACCAGACUACAGUCGGAAUGAUGGAUCCUGAGGAUGAUGAAAGCAAUGCUGAAUCUGAAGCCGAGGGCAGUGGAGACUUGUGGUAACAACUACCGCGACAUUGUACAGUCAAUCCAAAUUAUGGAAGAAACAACACAAAAGCUACUCCAAAUCGAGUGAACUGGAAACCCAAAAACUGUAUUUCAUUUUGUGAGUUUAUAAAUUGUUCGCGAACUAUUAGACCAUUAAAUUUCAAGCUUU